AUGAAGUUCACCGCUGCAAUUGCCACCGCUGCCCUGGCCUUCGCAGGAUCUGCGACUGCUGGCCCAUGCACCGCUGGCUUGGAUUACUGCACUGAUGUUCUUGAUUCUCUUAACUACGGCUACCAUGAUGCUAUCCGCCAGGAACUGCGCAACAAGGGAGAGAUCUUCAUCUCUAAUGCCCCGGGUACUUGGGAGGGUCUCCUUUUCCAUUGCAACAACGACCAUACGAUUACUCUGAAGGACAAAUGCGUUGGUGGCUGCUGGAACGGAGGAACUGGCAAGAGUGACAUUUGCAGCCAUGAUGCGUCGAACUGGCUGUGA